GCUUAUGAGAUGAAGAUAGUGUGUAGCUUGCUUCUGGGCUCAAGGAGGAGAAGAGAAAUCUACAAGCCGACAAGAUGAGAUCCAAGGCGAGGGCGCGGAAACUGGCCAAAAGUGACAGUUACCUUGUAAAUAAUAUGUAUGAGCCUGAUCCGGAUCUUCUUGGCGGCGACAGCGCAGAAGAGGAGACAGAGGACAGUAUUAUGUCACCCAUUCCUGUAGGACCUCCUUCACCAUUCCCAACCAGUGAAGACUUUACCCCAAAGGAGGGAUCACCCUAUGAAGCCCCAGUCUACAUUCCUGAUGAUAUUCCAAUCCCACCUGACUUUGAACUCAGAGAAUCCUCCGUACCAGGAGGUGGUCUUGGGAUUUGGGCCAAGAAGAAAAUUGAAAUUGGGGAAAGAUUAGGACCGUAUAUCAUGAUGCAGAAGACCACAUUAAAAGAGAAUAAUCUAGGAUGGGAACAAAUUUUACCUGAUUCGGAAGUGACGUCACAAGAUGAAAGCCUAAGAAAGGUCUCUGAAGAAUUGAGAGAAGAGAAGAUGUGCAUUGAAACCAGCGAAUCAGGAUCAGGGAGCUGGCUUAAAUUUAUCCGAAUGGCUUGCUCCUGCGAUGAACAGAAUUUAGCAAUCUGUUAUCAGAACGAACAGCUUUUUUAUAAAGUUAUUAAAGACAUUGAACCUGGAGAAGAACUGUUGGUUUAUAUGAAGGAAGGGAAUUUUUCCCUUGGAAGUAUGCCCCCAAAUCUCGAAGAAGAACACACAUUUCGCUGUGAAGAUUGUGAUGAACUGUUCCAGUCCAAGCUUGAUUUAAGGCGGCACCAAAAAUACGCCUGCAACACAGUCAACCACAUAUAUGAGUCUCUGAACGAAGAGAUCAAGCAAGAAGGUUUUGAUAAUGAACAAGUUCAUGAGUGCAAGGACUGUGAGCGCCUUUUCCCCAACAAGUACAGUUUGGAACAACAUAUGAUCAUACACACAGAAGAGAGGGAGUACAAAUGUGACCAGUGCCCAAAAGCCUUCAACUGGAAAUCAAACUUGAUUCGCCACCAAAUGUCACAUGACAGUGGAAAGCGAUUCGAAUGUGAGAACUGUGUAAAGAACGAUUCCUGGUUCCCAAGUGAUCUUCCUUCCAGAUUACCCAUAUAUUUGAACUGCAACAACAACACUGAAGCGGAACCUCACACACCUAAAGUAGACGUCUUCACUGACCCAAGCAACCUACAGAGACAUAUCCGUUCCCAACACGUUGGAGCAAGGGCACACGCAUGUCCUGACUGUGGCAAGACUUUUGCCACCUCGUCAGGGCUCAAGCAACAUAAGCACAUUCAUAGUACUGUCAAACCUUUCAUAUGUGUUUCAGGUGAGGUCUGCCAUAAAUCGUACACACAGUUCUCCAACCUGUGUCGCCACAAACGAAUGCAUGCAGACUGUCGUACACAGAUAAAGUGUAAAGACUGUGGACAGAUGUUUAGCACUACCUCCUCCCUUAACAAGCAUCGGCGCUUCUGUGAAGGCAAAAACCAUUACAAUCCUGGUGGAAUGUUUGGGCCUGGCCUGCCCUUGACACCAAGUUCUUUGAUGGACAAGUCGAAACCUUCUCCAAACAUGAAUCACUCUAGCCUUGCUUUCAAUGACUAUUUUCCUUCCAGGGCACAUCUGGGUAGUUUGCCAUUUUCACCGGCACCUUCACCUUUUCCACCUUUGGGUCCAGGAUUUCCAGGAAUUUUUCCCCCAUCGUUAUAUCCCCGGCCACCAUUAUUACCUCCUUCUCCACUGUUAAAAAACCCCUUGAACCAUACACGAGAAGCAAAGCUUCCCAGUCCAAUAGGUAACCCCCAACUUUCCCUCAUCCCGUCUUUGAACAGUAGCAAUAGUAACCAGCCACUUUCACUGGAGGAUAAAUUUGAAAACAGUUUGGAAGAUUCAUACCUAGAGAAACAUAAGUCUAGGAGCAGUGAUCUAUCUGAUGGAAGUGACUUUGAAGAUGUCAACACAACCUCGGGGACUGAUCUGGAUACCACCACUGGCACUGGGUCUGACUUAGAUAGUGAUGUAGAUAGUGAAAGAGACAAAAACAAAGAAAAGAGCAAAUCCAUAGAAAACAAACAGGACAUUGUUAGUAGCUCUGUCUCUAGUAGUUCUAAUAACAAUGUUACAGAAAGGCCCUUCUUCUACUCUCAACAUUCCUUUUUUCCUCCACCAGAAGAGCAGUUACUUCCAUCCAUGGGAGCAGCAAAUGACUCUAUUAAAGCUAUUGCCUCUAUAGCAGAGAAAUAUUUUGGACCUGGAUUUAUGGGCAUGCAAGAAAAAAAAAUGGGUUCCCUCCCAUAUCAUUCCAUGUUUCCCUUUCAGUUUCUCCCGAACUUUCCUCAUUCUUUAUAUCCAGCUUUUACCGAUCGGACAAUGAAUCACAAUUUGCUGGUGAAAGCUGAACCAAAGUCUCCUAGAGAUCUUCAAAAAGUUGGCAGCUCAAGCUCAGAGUCACCGUUUGAUCUCACGACCAAACCAAAAGAGAUGAAGUCAGCCUUAUUACCAACUAAGGUUUUGGCACAACCAUCCUCAGGAGAGGAACAACCAUUGGACCUCAGCAUUGGUAACAGAAGUAGAGCCAGUCAGAAUGGGGCAAGGGAAACGCGUAAAAACCAUAUCUAUGGUGACAGGAAAGCCAUGUCUGGUGAAAUGCUUUCAAAAAUCCCUCCGCCUCCUCUUCCCCAACAGCCGCCUCUUCACUACGCAAAGCCUUCUCCCUUCUUCAUGGACCCCAUUUACAGCAGGGUGGAAAAGCGGAAGGUGACAGACCCUGUGGGGGCAUUAAAGGACAAGUAUUUACGACCAUCUCCUCUUCUUUUUCACCCCCAGAUGUCAGCCAUCGAAACCAUGACUGAAAAGCUGGAAAGCUUUGCCAACUUGAAAUCUGACACAGGAAGUUCUUUACCGUCCCUCUCGCACCAUCCUUUCAACUUUCGCUCCCCACCCCCAACAUUGUCAGAUUCAAUCUUACGGAAAGGAAAAGAACGCUAUACCUGCAGGUACUGUGGCAAAAUCUUUCCAAGAUCUGCAAAUUUAACAAGACAUCUCAGGACCCACACAGGAGAACAACCAUACAGAUGUAAAUAUUGUGACCGGUCUUUUAGCAUCUCCUCCAACCUCCAGCGGCACGUACGGAACAUACAUAACAAAGAGAAGCCUUUCAAAUGCCACUUGUGCAACAGGUGCUUCGGCCAGCAGACAAACUUGGAUCGACACCUUAAGAAACAUGAACAUGAGAAUGUUCCAGUGAGUCAGCACUCAGGAGUAAUUGGAAACCACCAUGGAACUAGCGUCUCAUCCCCCAAUUCCGAAUCCGAAAACCAUGCACUUUUAGAUGAGAAAGAAGAUUCCUAUUUCUCAGAAAUUCGAAACUUUAUUGCAAAUAGCGAGUUGAAUCAAGCUUCAAGUCUAGGAGAAAAAAGAACAGAAAUUCAGGAUAUUGAUAGCAGUUCAAGAGGAUGUAGCCUUGUCAACCAGAAACCAGAAGAUGUAGAUGAAGAUGAAGACGACGAUCUAGAAGAAGAUUAUGAAGAUGGAAGUUUGACGGGAAAAUCGCAAGAUGAGACUGUUUCUCCUACAAUGGAGACCCAGGAAGUAUAUGAAGAGGAUGAGGAAGAUGAAGAACCCACAUCCCUCUCUAUGAGCUUUGAUCACACCAGAAGGUGUAUUGAGGAGGAAGAUGCCCGUUUGUUAGAUGUGGAGCAGAUUCCGAAUUUUGGGAAGGGGCUGGACCUUCGCAAAACAGCAGAGGAAGCAUUUGAAGUAAAAGAUGUGUUUAAUUCCACCUUAGACUCUGAGGCAUUUAAAGAAUCUCUGUACAGGCAGGCUAAAAACCAGGCUUAUGCAAUGAUGUUGUCUCUUUCUGAAAAUACUUCUCUUCAUACUUCCCACAACUCCCUGGAUGCCUGGUUGAACAUGGCUGGAGCAGCAUCAGAAUCAGGAGCUUUUAAUCCUAUGAACCAUUUGUAAAAGAAGAAAAAUAUACCACAAUGCAUAAACACAAAUCUAAAUGUUACAAUGUCACACUUUCAGCAAUGUGGAAGACUGCUAAUAGGCAUCAAUGAGUCACUAGGAACCAAUUAUUUGGAUGUUCCCUGCAAUUUCCAACUAUCCAUUCAACCCCUGUUGAUUUUUUUAUGGGUCCUCUCUAAGGCCCUCCUCUAAGCGCUACAUAAAAUUUCCGUAUUCACUCCACCAUGUUUAUCAUCAUAAAAUAAAUAGCAGUAGAAAGUAGACUUUCAAACCACUAGAAACAACUUAUCAGCAGAAAUAGAUCAUUUCCCAUUCUUAUAAAUGGUGGGAUCAGUUAUGGUGCUGUAGAAAACUACUGGUUCAAGCUGUAAUUUAAGCCUCUCAUAUAUGUUGAGAUCCAAAUAAUUUGCCAUUAGGCUCACCAGUGUGCCAGAUACAGAAAUGUUUUUAUAUAAUUUAGGUUUAUCUCAUGUUCUGAAUUAAAACAAAAAAUAUUCAAACAUUAACAUACAGUUUAGUACGGUGACCGACUCCUAGAGAAAAUUAUAUACAAGUGAUAGUGAUAUAACAAUAAUAACAUACAAUAUAAAAUUGUGAGCCUUGUAAUAAUUAUUAAAAAGGUCCAUUGAUUCUUUAGAUUUUUAGUGGAACCUGAACCAUAUAUCAGUUGGACAAGAUAAAGACAAACAGAAUAUAGGAUAAAUUACACAUUUUUACAAAGUAAAAAAAAGAAAUUUUUUUCACCAUAAGAUAUGAAUAUGAAAACUUUAUGUCUAAUAAUUUUUAUAAAACUGGUAAAUUGCAUAAACAUAUCCAUAGAAACCCCUAAGGUUCCGGGUUUUAUACUGGUACAAAAAUGUAGCGGACUCGAGAUAUAACUAAGUUUAUUAAAUUGGAUCCAAUGUGAAGAGGCCACUAUUGUCUUUGUAGAGUAUCCACACAAGACAACCGUACCCAGCGAAGGGUGGAAUCAUUCCAGAAUUGGCAGAACAUAUAUUUCAGAAAUUUUUUAAACUAUUUGUAUCUCUUUCUGAUGUAGCUUGAAGGUUUUUGAAGCUGCUGCCACCAUGACGAUCUUGUUCUAUCCUGAUGAUAUUCCAAUCUCAACAUUUAUAAGACAUUCCUUUCUUGGCGUCAUAAAUGAUUAGGGGAAGCUUAAUGUAAUGUCCAUGUUGUUAUAUUUUAAAUUAUUAUUCCUUGGGGCCAAUAAAAACAAAACAAUAGUAAAUUGAAAUUUACAACUGAAAAUCUUAAUCUGUAUAUAUUUGUUGAAAUUUGCCCCUUUCAGAUUUGUCUCUUAUUUACCUCUAUAACAGUAUUUUUUUUCAUAAAAUUCAUUAUUGUGAAAAAAUGUUAAUAUAAGCAAAUAGUGAAGGACCAAAACAGAGUAACAAGGUUUUGCGGUGUUGAAAAAAUUCAUGUGCCAAAUAAGGUGGUUGUUAGCAUUUUUGGGUAGUCAUUUGCGGAUUAUAACAUUUAUAGUAUUUAGACUCUUUAUUUCAGUAGAUAGAUGCUUAAAGUUGUGAUCAAUUUUCAUUUUUAAUGACUACCACAACUGAUCUUGCUGCGAUACUCCAAGACAAUCAUAUGUUUGUAAAAAAAAAAAUUGUUCCUAAUUAUUAUUAUUAUUUUGUUUUGUUUUGCCUAAGUAUUGUAUUUAUUUGUUAUUUGCUUCCGGCGGGUGUAAAAAGACCAUUUAAGUCUUAAAAAAUAUGAUUUUUUCUAAAGGUUCACAUAGGCAAAUGGUAACAUUGUGAUUUAGGUAACUUGUUUCACAAUUACAAGAUGGUGGGUGCCAUAUUUCUUUAAUAUGUCACUGUCAAGAAGCUCAAAGAUGCUUAAAAGCACUCUGUAAUGUACUGUAUUAAAAGCACUAGACACCUGGUUGAAAAGCAAAUGUAAAUAUGUAGGAGUGUGGAAAAUGUGGUGAAAUAAAUGUAUACAUAUCCCUUCAUCGAAGGCUUCAAAAGUCCUAUCAUUUUCACAGGGAUUUAAGUGAAGAGCAGCAAUGACCAACCUCAUCAUUUCACAUAAUGUUCUCAUAAUGGCAUUUCAUUGUAUACACUGGAGUGGAAACAUAAGCACCCCAAUCUCUAUUAAUUAAAUGGUAUGGAUUUUGAAGGCAUUCUGGAUUUUGUUGUGUUUUUUUUAUAUAUAUUUAAACCUUAAUAGGUAAACUGAAAAUUUGGAAAUCUGUAGUACACAAUGCUUUGUCUUCAACAUUUUGCAAACCCAAUGGCUGACUUUUAAGGGCACAUGUUUUGACAGCUUGCAUCUGCUAAUUUUUGAAAACUGCAUUAGAUAUUGUAAGUUUCCAAAUGCCAGAUUGAUAUUUAUGAUAGCAUAAAUUGUAGCAAAACAAGGGGAAAUAAAGCUUAAAAAAACAAACAUAAAAAGUCUUGUGGUUUUCAAUAGAAACUCAUUAAAAACUGAAACGAUUUUAAUGAUUUUCUUUCUAACUACUGUAAAAUUAAUCUUUAAUAUACUCAAAAUAAAUCGCAACUCUUAGAUCACUUACAGUAAAAUAAAAAAAAUCUGAUAUUCUUACUUCCAAAUCGGGCAUAUUAUAAAAUUUCAUUGAAUAGUCAGCAUAAAAUCAUAAAAACAAUAGAGGUUAAUAAAAAUAAUAUUAAUCAAAUGUUUUUUAAAAAUCCGAUUUAGAAUCUUGAUUUAUUUUUUUUUUUUUACUGUUUGACCUUUUUCCAAGUGCUGUAAAAGAAUAAAAAAAAUCAGCUCAUUAAACUGUACGAUUUGCUUAAAAAACAGGUUACAAUGAUUGAAAAUUAAUUCAAUAGUUUGUGAAUGUAAUACAAUAAACACACUGGGCAGAUUUACUUUUGAAAAAUGUGUCAGGUGGGCAUGCUUUGCAUCACGUUUACUAAAUGUUUAUUAGUUUUUUAUGCUGAUAAGGGGGCUAGCUUUGCGGGAAGCAGUGUGGCUUUCCUGGAAAGGUAGCAUGGCCUUAAUGCAUCUCUAUGUGCCAAAAAUGCGCAUUUUUGGAGUAAAACUACUCCAAUUUAUAGGUGGUGUAAAGUUAACUACUCAAUUUUUGGGGGCUCAUGGACAAAAUUCUGGCAUAAAUCUGGCACAGGAUUUGCGAUACUCCAAAUUUCCUUGCACCAGAUUAAUAAAUUUGCCUAAUAUAUUAACACUGUGAUCUGUAUUCUUAGACACUAUUAGUAAAUAUGCCCCAGUGUUCUGUAACCAAUAUAAUAUAAUCAGGACAUUUUAAUUAAGAAAAAGUAAAAUUUAAUUUGGUCAUAGAUAGAAUAUUUCAUUGAUUGCAGUUAAGGCUAAAAGCUUUUGGCUGUGCAACUUGGAAGUAGACCAAGAACAGUGAACUGUCGAAUAAAAAAAUGGACACAAUUUUUUUAUUAAUAAUCAAAUUGUAUACAUUUGUUUGCAAAAAUAUACAUUCACCCAUAUAUAAACACAGUGGUAUCUCAUAUGAGAGGAUAUUGAUAUGAAGCAUUUUUGAAUGCAUGGCUCAAGUAUUGCAGUUUGUUUCUUUAUUAUUUGGUUAAGGGUAUUUUCACACUUGUGGCAGAGGUUCCGGCAGGCAGUUCCAUCGCCGGACACAAACAGAUGCGGAUCGGUCUCACAAAUGCAUUGCAAAACCCGAUCUGUCUUCCCGGUUUUCAUCCGGGAAAAAAAGAAACCGAUAUAUAUUUUUUUCUCAUUUUUAAAGGUCUGCGCAUGCGCAGACCGCAAAACCGGAUCCGCUUUGCUUGAACACUUGGGGCCGGAUCCGGCAUUAAUGCAUUUCAAUGGAUCUGGCAUUCUGGCUAGUGUUCAGGAUUUUUGGCCGGAGAGAAAACUGCAGCAUGCUGCGGUAUUUUCUCCGGGCAAAAGAGGGACUGAAGAGGGAUGUAAGAGGGAUUGAACUGAUGCAUCCUGAUGCAUACUGAACGGAUUGCUCUCCAUUCAGAAUGCAUUAGGAUAAAACUGAUCAGUUUUUUUCCGGUAUUGAGCUCCUGUGAUGGAACUCAAUACCGGAAAACAAAAACGCUAGUGUGAAAGUACCCUAACUGAAGAAAACUACUGUCAGUAGAAGUCAAACUUUAUAUGUGUAACUGCAAUUAGACCAUAUGUCCGAGAUAUCUACCUGUGACACACUGAGGUCUCUUUAAAACUGUUCCUCAUAACUGGCCUGAUCCCUGGCCAAAUAUUCAUAUGAAUGCUCAUUCCUGAUAACUGGCCUGUGUAAAAAUCUGUGUAUGUCAGCAUAACAUUGCCCUGCCAUAAUAUGCAAACUGAAUGGGGGAUGAACAAACAUAGUAAUGAUCAUUUGCCACCCAUUAAUUUUUUUCCGAGCCAUGUGACCCUUUAAACAAGAGCCAGUCAAAUCAUAUAUAUCAUCGAUUGCCAAUUGUUAUUGGCCCAGCUUCAUCUCAUGCAACAGGACCCAAAAAUAUGUGGUCAACUGGACUCCCGACUUGUCAGUCUCUUGAGUUGUUGUUGCUGGGUAGAUGUGACUUCUAAAUACAUAUUUUAGUACCCAAUAAAACAAAUGACAGGAUUUAAAACCACAAUUCAAAAUUUGGAUAGUUUUUCCUCAGCUUGACCAAUGCCCUUACAACCAUUGAUAUAAACAUUUUAACUAAAUGUCUGCAUCUUUGCCUUUCUCCAUCAAAAUUCUUACUUUCAUAUCUGUACUUUAUAAACUGGACGAGGAGGGGUGUUCUUUCACUGCCGAUGCUAACAGAAGAUCACUAUUCAAAGUUGUUCUCUGAAACAGCAGUGAAUUCUCAAAAGUUGGGUGUUAAACACAAGUAAAAAAAAUAUUAUCUUGUUUCCCUUGUUAAAAAAAAAAGUUAUUGUACAUUGUGGGAAAAACACAGUUGUAAAUGUCUGGAUUUCAUUUUGGUGUUUUGAAGAAAAUGUUUUUGGAACAAUUCAAUUUUUUGUUCCAUUUCCCUCUGGAUUGUAUAUUGCUUCUGUUAUGUUCAUAGGCAAAUCUGUGCAUGACUGGUGGGCUAGCCGUCAAUGUGUCUGUUUGUGAAUUUUUUUAAAAGAGGAAAAUCGAAAAAGUAAAAAAAUGAAAAAAAAUUAUAAUAAUGAUAAAAAAAAAAAAUCUGUAGAUGCACUUACUGUAUAUGUGAUUAGGUUCUUUGUCCGGGACUUGAUGCUUCAGCUGCCAAUGAUAUAGAAAAGACAGCUGUUAAUAUGAAAAAUUUUAAAUCGCUUAUGUGGAAAAAUAUAAAGGAAGAAAAUAUGAAGUGUAGAGAAAAAUUACAAAAAGCGAUUUUUUUUUGUGGGGAGGGAAAAAUUCUUUUUGAUGCUUGUGAUAAAAAAACAAAAUGUACUUGAGUAGAGAAAUUCCUUAAGAUAAUGAAUAAGAAAGCUGAUUUUGAGUUUAAUGCUGUAGAAUAGGAAUGUAUACCAAAUGUAAUCUUUCCAAUGCUACAAUGAAUUUAUACAUGAGAUUGAUAUGCAAUAAACCUGUGUGCUUUUUUAAAA